UCCUUUCCCCGCUGCUGCCUGGAUCUGUCGUCCCUCCGCCUUCUCGCGCUCCUCAGAAAGUCCUGGAGCAGAAGGAGGAUUUGAAGCCGGUCCCUGUUGCCUUUGCGGAACAACAGCCGCUCUCCGCUUGCCCAGCUUGGACCAGAAAGGACCUAGAGCUUCCUCUCUCACUGAAGAUGGUUGGCACAGAACUGAAGCCUCAUAAACGUGAAAUGAUCAGGCAGCAACUUCUAGAGUGUGGAUGCAGAGGCAAAAAGAAAAGUUUUGCCUCGGAUGUAUUUCUUCAGUCAGGUUCUGAGUCUGCUUCUCCACGUGGCACCUUGGAGUUUCUAGCUGGCACCAUUACCUCCAACGAGUGGAGUUCUCCCACCUCCCCUGAGGGGAGCAACGACUCAGGGGGCAGUGAGGCCUUGGACAAACCAAUUGACAAUGACGCCGAGGGUGUAUGGAGUCCGGACAUUGAGCAGAGCUUCCAGGAAGCGCUAGCCAUCUACCCACCAUGUGGACGACGGAAGAUUAUCUUGUCAGACGAAGGCAAGAUGUAUGGCCGAAACGAGCUGAUUGCCCGCUAUAUUAAGCUGAGAACAGGGAAAACUCGCACAAGGAAACAGGUAUCUAGUCACAUCCAGGUCCUGGCAAGGCGAAAAGCUCGAGAGAUCCAAGCCAAGCUGAAGGGAAUGAAGGUGUCUCAGGGAGCUCUGUGGAGCCACUGGUUGUUCGCCUUUUAUACUGCUUCAGGCCAUGCUGCGAGCUCUACCCAGCUGCCUGCAGUGAACCAUUCCUCAGUACCAGACUGUUCCUUUCUCCCUGCAGAGGAUCAGGCAGCUAAAGAUAAGGCCAUGCAAAGUAUGGCUACAAUGUCAUCUGCCCAGAUUAUCUCUGCAACGGCCUUCCAUAGUAAAAUGGCCUUGCCUGGUCUCCCACGACCAGCCUACCCUGCUGUUUCUGGGUUUUGGCAAGGAGCUUUGCCAGGCCAAGCCGGAUCUUCCCAAGACGUGAAACCUUUUUCUCAACAACCCUAUGCUGUACAACCUCCGCUUCCAUUACCAGGGUUUGAGCCUCCUACUGGUCUCUCAUCUUCCCCAUCAGCACCAGCCUGGCAAGGACGAAGGGUUGCUAGCUCCAAACUUUGGAUGUUAGAAUUCUCUGCAUUCUUGGAACAACAACAAGACCAAGACACAUAUAACAAACACCUGUUUGUGCACAUUGGGCAGUCAAGCCCCAGCUACAAUGACCCCUACCUCGAGGCAGUGGAUAUCCGGCAGAUCUAUGACAAGUUCCCUGAGAAGAAAGGGGGCCUGAAGGAGCUCUUUGAAAGGGGGCCAGCUAAUGCCUUCUUCCUUGUCAAAUUCUGGGCUGAUUUGAACACCAAAAUUGAAGAUGAAUCCAGAUCUUUCUAUGGUGUUUCCAGCCAAUAUGAGAGCCCUGAAAACAUGGUCAUUACCUGUUCCACUAAAGUAUGCUCCUUUGGAAAGCAGGUGGUGGAGAAAGUGGAGACAGAGUAUGCACGCUAUGAAAAUGGACACUAUUCCUAUCGCAUCCAUCGCUCCCCUCUCUGUGAAUACAUGAUUAACUUCAUCCAUAAACUGAAGCACCUCCCCGAGAAGUAUAUGAUGAACAGUGUCCUGGAGAACUUUACUAUCUUACAGGUUGUGACAAACAGGGACACACAGGAGACCUUGCUGUGCAUAGCAUACGUUUUUGAGGUGUCAACUAGUGACCACGGUGCCCAGCAUCACAUCUACCGGCUGGUGAAGGACUAGAGACUCUCUGCCCCAAGUCAUCCAUGAGAUACAUGUCUGAGGAAAAAGCCCAUGCUUGAACAUCCCCCACCCCCCACUACCAAAUUGAAAAAUAAACUGCAGAUAUUGUGUAUUUUCAGAAGA